AUGAAUCUCCUAUACUACUCCCUCGGCAUCUACCUCCUCGCCUCACCCGCUUUCGCUUCCGCCGCAUCCUCCAAGAAAGACACGUCCGGACCAGAUCCAGCAUGCGGCAUCACCUCUCCAACUUCAGGAAGCUUUUUUGACUUGAGCUCGCUGCAAGUCCUGGACCCAAAGACUAGCAAAGCGAAACAUCCCCGCGAACACAGUUGGAAUGCUACGGGCUAUGAUUUGGGGUACAACUUCACAGUCAACUUCUGCGGACCGACGAUAGAGCCGGUGGAGGAUGUGGUUGGAGUCGACAAAGAUCUCUGGAGGAAUGUCAGUGCCUACUACAAGCAGAAUGGAAAGACAUAUUCGAUUGGGCAGCAGAAUUCGGAGCUUGUGAUGCGUGGUAGGAAGCUGGUAUUGAACUAUACCGAUGGAUCGCCUUGCGAGGAUGUAUCCAGGAAACUUGCGCACAGUGUAGAGGACUUGAUGGCUCGGGAGAUUAUAGACGACGACGACGACAAGAAGAAGGGCAAAGGCAAGGGCAAGGGCAACGAUGAUGAUGACGACGACGACGACGACGACGACGAUGAUAAGAAGGGAAAAAACAAGCCUUCGUCCGGGGUUCGGAGGAAGAGCACUGUCAUUAGUAUGCUCUGCGAUAAGGACCCGCUCGCGCCCAAACUCACUCUCAGCUUUGUGGGCAGUCCGGAUGAGUGUUCCUACKUUUUCGAAGGGAGGAGCGCAGCCGCAUGUGCCACACUCAAUACCACAARGGGUACACUMAACCCUGGAGGCGUAUUCGGCGUGAUUGUCAUAAUAGCAAUGCUGGUGUACCUUGUGGGAGGCUGCGUGUACAACCGUGUAGUGUUGCAACAGAGAGGCUGGUCGCAGGUCCCAAACUAUCAUCUUUGGGCUAACAUUCUAGGGUUCUUUAGAGACAUCUUCGUCAUUCUGACAUCCUCGUGUGCGAGAUUCCUACCCUCAAGACGUGGUUACAGUCGCGUCAACGGAGGAAUUGGAGGUAUGGGCACUCGCGGCAGAGCGCGUGGCGACAGCAGCGACGCCGAGAACAGACUCAUUGAUGAGUUGAACGAAGAGUGGGACGACUGA